UUGACCGAGCGGGUAGUUCCAUUCAUCGAUCCCACAUGCAAAGGAAGCCAAGGUUAUCUGCUGUGAUCAUCCUCAAUUAUUUUAUUGUGUGAGCGUUGCAAAUUCCAAAUUAUUUAAUAUAAAGUCUCCCUUUUAAUCUUUUCAAACCGCUACUAAUUAAGGUUUUGGAGUCUUCCUUUAACCUGUCAUUUUACGAUCUGGCAUUAGGAAAUUUCCCAUUCGAAAUAAUAGGUGUCUUUCCCAGAAUAUUCAUUACCCGCUCGGCAGUCAAUCUUGAUCAUGACCGUCGAAAAUCUGAGAAUGACUCAUCGAUCCCAAAGUCUUCAAUGUUGGUAUCACUCAAGCUCACUGACCAUAUCACUUCCUAUUGCAAUUUUGCAACUUCUGAUGGUGACAGCAGUGAGUGGAUUAUGGGGAGGUGAUCCCGGACACACGCAAUCACUAGGUUCCGCCGCAUUCAGUAGAGGCGACGUUCUGAUCACAAAAGACAAACAAAACCAGCUAUUGGCUGCAAUCAGCACUAAAGACUUUGUCAUGGCUAAAAAAAGCGGCAACGAAGUUGAAAUUUUCACGACGCAGCCUCAAAAUUCACGAACCCCGGUGCAGAAUAGUCCAGUUAAGGUGCAGCCCGGGUGGAAUGCGGAUAAACGAGUAGCUUUAGCUAUGAAACUCUCCGGGAAAAUGUAUCCCUACAAUUCGGUGUCGUGCCACGAAAAGGACUACAUGAAGUACAUAGUGUAUGGUAAAACUAACCAGCCUCUGACGGGUAAUUCAGCUUGUCCGCUCAGAAGGGAUUUGUCAGCGGUGAGCAUCGCAGAAAUCAAGUCGCCUGGUUUUUACUUGGAGAGCAAAAAUAAGCGCGUCAUAGUAGACCAACUGCCCAAGGCUUCGGCUGGGUGAUUUCACUACAACGAGUAUAGCAGUUAGUAGUGUCACUAUGCAGUUUAGUUUUACUAUAAGAGAUAUGUAUGAUGUUCCGCAGCCCGUGACAAGAUAUGCAAUGAUAACAAUUUAAACAGCGGGUAACGAGGCUAAUUGAAUCAGUGAGUUCGAAAACACACCAACUCGGGUUUUUUUCGAUUUUCACUUUUUUACGGUUUAGUAACACUUACGGAUAGAAGCAUCUGCACGCAAAAAAAAAUUUCGAAAUUGC